AGUACAGCGCCAUCGCAUCCCACUCUGCUCCUGCGGAUUUGCUUGAUAUACCUGCUCGACUGGACCCAGGCCUGGGACAGGUGGAGGCAGAGCUGACUGGGGGUGCAACUGGGACCUACUGCUCCAAAAACACCAAGAGACUCCUCUGGAUGCCCCAUAAGGAACCACAGAACAGAUCCGUAAUGGUAGCCCGGGAGAAGGAGAAGAUCCAAGAUGUACGCCUCUGUUGCCAGUGGCUUCCUCUUGGGGUUGAAACAGACCAGGAAGGGUGCACUAAUGUUGUGCAUAGCAGUCAAACCAAAUACCAGAUUGAUGCCACAACUGAACAAUCCCUCAACAUGCAUGAUGAUACAAAAUCCCAAACCUGCAGCAAACAAACCAGCAAAGUGGACAACCUCAAGUCCAGCCACAGAAGUGGCAACCCUCUCCCAAACAUUGAUGUUGAGGGGAUCCAGGAGGGAGAAGUACUUAUUCCACACACCUGUAUGGAGACUCCUGCCUACUACCAGCCGUCUGUCUUACCAGUUCCCCCUGCACCCGCAACUCCAGAGUCCCACUGCUACAACUACCUUCAGCCUGCCCUGUCAGCUGACAGCUUGGCUGGUGGGCCCGUUAGCUUCCUUCCUGAGGGCCAGGGGAAUGGAGAGAGAGCUGCAGCAUCUGGGGCUCUGGCAGGACCUGGAGCUGUUCCUUAGCCUGGUACUCAGGGCCCAGGGAGAUGACUCCCUCCACAGCCAGAGACAGGCUGUGGCAAGGAGGAUCACACACACCUACCUGGGGGAGAACGCAGAGAGGGUAGGCCUCCUGGAGAGGGACACCAGCAGGCAGCUCUGUAGACUCCUGCCCUCUGGAGCAGUCAUACCGUGGAUAUACACAGCCAAACAUGAGAUCUGUAAGGUGCUUUGUGCAUCUUAUGAUUCCUUUUUGGACGAAGAAGACAAACAUUUCUGUUCCUGUCUGGAGAGUGCCAGUGUGAACUGCGGUCAGAUGCUAUCUCCUAGUGGCCAGAACACAGAAGAGCAGCAGGUCAGGAGGAUGAGGGAGGCUCUGGCCCUUUGUCAGUCCUGCUGUAGCCAUGGAGACACAGAGCAGCUCUCUGAUAGGCAGGAGAACUGGGCCAUGAUGGCUCUAGAGGACGUGAAGAGAGGAGGGUCUGUCCACCUGCACUACAAGAAGACUGAGCCACUUGAUCUGCCGUUUGACUUGCUGGCGGUGAGGUACCCAAAGCUGGCAGUGGAGAAUCUGAGUGUUAACUAUUUGCUGUACCAGAAGAGGAAGCCUUUCUCAGACGGCGAAAGCUCUAAGCCAGUAUCCGCUGGUUCCUUGAUGAAGAAAGCCCCUCUGAUGUUGAAGAAAGACAACAGUUUUGUUCGCAGGCUGUCUAUGAGGCCAAGGUCGUUUGGAGAUGUGUUCCGGAACCCGGUGAGUCUGGACUACUUCAAGCGCUUUCUGCGUUUCCACUAUGCCCAAGGAGCGCUGCUCUUCACACUGGAAGUAGAGAAGCUGAGAGCCAUCGACCGGCCGACACCUCAGAAGAUCAAAAUCCUCGCCAUCGUGAAUAAGUUCUUACGCCGGGAUGACCCCAUGGGCUAUCUGCAGUGCAAUGCUGACAUCAUCUCCCAGGUGGCUCAGAUGAGAACUGUUUCCUGUGAGGUUCUCUACACAAUCCAGGACCUGGUCACCAAGUCACUGGAAGGAACAUGGUUCAAGCAGUACCAAGACACGUUCCCACCAUGUCCUGCUGUGGGCUCAGAGUCCUGCCUGAGAGGAGCCAUACUGAAGAACAAACUGAAAAAUGUCUGGAUGGUGUUUUGCCGAUUCAUCAAGACAGUCUGUAAGUUUCAAAACGCAAUGAAGGAUCCUCGCACGAGGACUGAGUUUGAGCUGUACCUGAGAAUGAGCUACCGCCACUUCUCCGAAGCAUGUGACUCCCCUGCCCCUCCUAAAGAAGAGGGGGAUACCUCCCACAUGAAGAGACGGGUCGUUAACGGUAAAGUCAUUAUCAUUGACUUCCUCAUCAACGACCUAUCUUUCUACCUGGAGAGUGAGAGGUUCAGGAACAUGGCAGAUUCAGGCUCAGUGAUGGCGUCUGCAGGGAUGUAUGGAGAGAAUGACCAUGCUAUGCUACACCAGAAGGCUGACAUGAUCAUCAAGAUCUUCCUCAAGUCAGAGAUCUCUCCCAAACUCAGGAUAAACAUAGCUGAGACCCAGAGGGAUGCCAUACUGCUGCUAUGCUCCACAGGGAAAGUAGACAGAGGACUGUUCCACCCAGCUAUCAUAACCAUCUUCCCCAACCUCAUCUUCUGCUGGAAAAAGUUCUGUAAUCAGAAGUUGGCGAAGAACCUGUAUGGAGUCAAGCCUACUAAGAAGCAGGAGGUCUCCUCCACCCCAGACUACAUGGGCCCGCUGCUCAUAGAUAACGACUGGUACCGCAAGGUCAAAACCAUCAUGUCCAUGACAGAGGACCACACCACUCUGACGUUUACAGUCCACCAUGGACUCAAACUGAUCCUGCCUCAAGCCAUACUGGAUCUGAAACUGUCACACAAUGAUAUGCCACUGCCACACAAGGCCCCCAGUCGCCAGAGAUCUGUGCCAACCUACAGCGGGCCACACACUGACCACCCAGUGUUGGACGCACAUCAGAAACACCAACAUUACAGUUUCCACCCGCCACCAGCAGAGAGCAGCAUAAGCCAAGACGGAUCCUCUCUCUGAUCAGUGAGGACAACUGGAG